AUGGCAGAGACAACGAGAAAAAGUAUAUUGGAUGUGAGUACAUACAUAACACGAUUCUCGUAUUUUGGAGAAUAUUUUCACAGUUCGGAAGAAUUGCAAGAGGUAAUGAAAAAGAUCGUCAAAGCACUGCACGUGGAUUCGAACGAAAAUCUCGUAACCGGUUUGUUACUCGUUUAUCCAAAAUUUUACAUACAUCUCUUGGAGGCCCCGGAAGACGUAAUUUACAUGCAUUUCAAAGACAUCUGUGAGAAUAAGAUAAGGGAAGAAAAAUUUGGGAAGACUAUUGUUUUACCGACGUAUCACCACGUUUACCACAGAUUUUUCAUCGAUUGGUUUCACGUUUACACGCUGGCACCUAGCCUAUUGGAAAAGAUAGAGAAGCAAACGCUGGAGGAUAUUAAAAGACAAAUUUCAAAUUGCUGUAUGAAAUUAUAUCAUCUGUGCAACUAUAUUUCAAGAGUAAUGCACGAUGACGCGAACGACGUUGUAGAAAUUUUAUUUAAUUUGAACGAGAAAGUACCGCAAUAUCUUCCCGAAAGUACCGUAUUGGAAUUCUUGUUAAACGCAAAGUCAAGCGUAUUGAAGACCGUCGAAGAUUAUUUACGUAUUUACAGAGACGUACCAUUCAUAGAAUUUUACGAUGAUACGAUUUGGCCACCUCCGUCGGAUAAUAUGCCUCGUUACGCGUCGGAGAAAUGCGUCGAUGAAGAAAAAGACGAAGAUCUAAUAAGGAAGAAAACGUAG